AUGGUCUAUUCAGAGGAGCAGGAUGAGAGACCCACAGGGAAGAUAACUCACUGCUGCUCUGACUGUGGGAAGAGAUUCACCUCAUCAGGCAUUAAAAUUCAUCAGAGAACACACACAGGAGAGAAACCUUACAGCUGUGUUCAAUGUGGCAAGAGUUUUGGUCAAUCUGGCCAUCUGACUCAACAUAGGAGAAUACACACAGGGGAGAAAUCUUAUAGCUGUGAUCAAUGUGGGAAGAGUUUUGGUCAAUCUGCAGAGCGGACAGUGCACCAGAGAACACACACAGGAGAGAAACCUUACAGCUGUGUUCAAUGUGGGAAGAGUUUUGGUCGAUCUUGCCAUCUGACUCAACACAAGAGAAUACACACAGGAGAGAAACCAUUUAGCUGUGAUCAAUGUGGGAAGAGUUUUGGUCACUCUGGAGAGCUGACAGUGCACCAGAGAGCACACACAGGAGAGAAACCUUACAGCUGUGUUCAAUGUGGGAAGAGUUUUGGUCGAUCUGGCCAUCUGACUAGACACCAGAGAAUACACACAGGUGAGAAAUCUUACAGCUGUGUUCAAUGUGGGAAGAGUUUUGGUCAAUCUGGCCACUUGACUCAACACCAGAGAAUACACACAGGAGAGAAACCUUAUAGCUGUGGUCAAUGUGGGAAAAGAUGUACAACAUCUGGGUCUUUGACUCUACACCAGAGAACACACACAGGAGAGAAAUCUCAUAGCUGUGAUCAGUGUGACAAGAGAUACUCUGAUAAAAGAUCUCUGCUCAAACAUCAGAAAAUACAUACAUGAAGGUGUUGUUUCGUGAUAUCAAUGAAAUUAUGUCACAAUAUAGAAUAUUUAAACAUUGUAGUAGGAGUAUUUUUAAGGAAUUUCACAAUGUAGAACCCUAAACGUUUGCCUCAUUGAAUUGAUUUUAGCGUAAUAUGGAUUUUAGCCUUGGGGGAAAUCCAGGCUCUGAAUUGAAAGAGUAUAUUUAUGUGACUUAACAAAAAUUGAUUCACAAAAAAAGAGCUGUGUUACACUUAUCAUGUAGGUGACCUGCUUGAAUCAAAAUACAACACUUAAAUGCAAUUCUACAAAUUGUCCUCUAACCAGUGAUGAACACAUUAUUCCCAGAUUCCGUGUGUUUUUUGAGCUGUUAGUUUUAACAGGACGUGCAACCUCAUCUCCCUCCUCUCGGCACAAUUGAUUUCAACAUGAUAUCGAGGAGUGAUGACAAAUAAGUGUUGCGUUCCUUUGUUUAGCGACCCCUAAAUUGAAGUUCAUCACUCCAAAAUGUAGCUGACUGUCUUCGGCAGGUUGUCCUCUAACCAAUGAGCUAAAAGAUCUCCUAUUUCUAUGUGUUUUGUUAGUUGUUAGUUGUUAGUUUCAACAGCAUGUACAACCUGAUUUCCCCUCUAAUCGAUAUCAGUGAUUUAUUGCUACUUGUCAAAACCACAGCGUUUUUUGUGCUUGUGUCCAUGGGGAGGACAACUUGGUUUCUGAUUGUCUCAAGGUGUGGCAGUCAAAAGUUUUGUUUUGUGUUUAGCCAGUGAGUUGCCAUGGAUCUUUUUUUGACUGUUUUUCCGUUUUGGAGAUGAGUUUUGUUUGGGCUCGUUCCAAGUGGACGAGAGUUCUAGAAGCAAGUGAGUUUUAGGAAGACGAGAGUUCUAGAAGUGAGUGAGUUUUAGGAAGGGAAAAAAUAAACUUUUCUUGUUUUUAAUUGUUGAUAGGCAGAAGACACCAUAUUUAAAUUGAUGAAGGUGAAGCAUUGUAGUUGAUUAGAAUGUGAAAUGGAAGUUGUUUUCUGUUGGUGGUGAGCAUUCUCUUAACCUGUUACGACUAGACGUUCCGCUACAUCCCGAUGAAAUUGCAGAGUGCGAAAUUCAAAGAAAUUAUUUGAAAUAUUUAACUUUCAAAAAAUCACAAGUGUAAUACAUCAAAAUCAAGCUUAACUUCUUGAUAAUUCAGCCACCGUGUGUCAGCUUUCAAAAAGGCUUUACGGCGAAAGCAAACUAAGCGAUUAUCUGAGGACAGCGCCCCAUGAUACAAAUGCAUGACCAACAUUUUUCAACCAGGGAGGUGCGACACACGAAAGUCAGAAAUAACAAUAUAAUUAAUGCCUUAACUUUGAAGAUCUUCUUCUGUUGUCACUCCAAAAUGUCCCAGAAACAUCACAAAUGGUCCUUUUGUUCGAUAAAUUCCUUUGUUAUAUCCCCAAAAUGUCCAUUUAUUUGGCGCGUUUGAUUCAGAAAUACACCCGUUGCAACUCGCCCAACAUGACUACAAACAAAGUUACCUGUAAAGUUGGUCCAAACAUUUCAACCAACUUUCCUAAUCCUUCCUCAGGUAUCCUAAAACAUAAAUAAUCGAUCAAAUUUAAGACGGAAUAUACUGUGUUCAAUAGCGGAUAAAAUCAACGUGGAGUGGGCUCCACGUAGUGGAAGCCAUAGGAACUGCAGCCAGGUGCCUCAUAAAUAUAGUUUCCCAUAGAAUGUAUUUUGAAAAUACAGUGACCUGAAAAAAAAUGGCCUGCAUGGUUUGUCCUCGGGGUUUCGCCUGCCAAAUAAGUUCUGUUAUACUCACAGGCAUUAUUCAAAUAGUUUUCGAAAAUUCUGAGUGUUUUCUAUCCAAAUCUGCAAAUCAUAUGCAUAUCCUAGCUUCUGGGCCUGAGUAGCAGGCAGUUUGGGCACGCUUUUCAUCCGGACAUGAAACUACUGCCCCCUAGCCCAAAGAAGUUUAAGGUGUUUACAGUCUUUGGUUUUUCCAUUUAUGUUUUGAGGUUGGACUUUAUAGCUUGUUAGCACGUAGGGCACACUGAUUGGUGUCACCUCAUUCGUCAGUAUGUGUUACACCUGUGCUGGCUUGUCCAUCUUGUUACUCGGAAGGUGUUUCACCUGAGCUGGUCCAGGUUCUAUUUAAGAGUGUCUGGCCCAGUGCUCCAGUUGUCUUGAUAGAUGUGGAGUGUCAACAACUUUAGUUGCGCUACCCUUUUGGUUUGCUUCCUGUCUUUAAGUUUGUUGUGGGUUUUUCUUUUGUUUGCCUCUUCUUGGGCAGAUUUAAUGGGUAUCAUUUAUGUCCCAGUUGUUAACAGUCAACUUUCAGUGGACACCGUGAGAGCAAGAUUGUUAUAAUACUUUUAUUGCAUCAAAUGGUUGUUUUAUGCAACAGAAUACAGACACACUAUUGUGUCUGUGUGUUCUACUGAGGAUAGGCCUCUGGGAGAUAACUGACAUAACUGAGAUUGUUAAGGGAAUUUUUAUCAAUAAUGACUAAUUAUGUAUACAUUUCAAUCAGGACUGACUAAUCAGAAUACUAUUAUGUUACUGUAUAUGUUUGAAUUUUCUUUUUAAUCUUAGUACUGAAUAUAAUGUGUGCAAAUAUAAUCAAGAAUUAGAACAAUGACUGUCUGUACCAUGGUAGAAAUGAAUGAAUUCAUAGCCAGACUGGCUAGAAUGCUUAUCUACACCAGCUGUCCUGAGCUCAAGUCAUAUAUCAUCUUAAUAGGGAAAGACGAUGUGAGAACCAUACAGCCUUUGUAUUAGAGCGGAGAUGGCACGGGUUGGUGCUGAAACUAAUGAUGUCAUUUUCAGUUUAUAACCUGCGGUAAAAUGUGUAAGGAGGAGUACUCUCGUGAAUAAAAUCUGCUGUUUGACUUUAAGACUGGGCUCUGUCCAUUACUAUAAAAUAACGGUCUUACAAAUCCUUAUGAAUUGACAGAGUGUUUAAUUUUAAUUUGGUGUUAAAACAUAGAGCACUUUAAUUCCUGCAACAGAGAUUUACAAUGUCUUUUGGGUGAUUAAAACCUAAAGAGAGAACAUUCCAGAGCAUGAGUUAAUGUUUCUGUUCUGUAUGGUACCAGGGAGAGAUGACCCCAGGUUCUCUACACAAAGAGUACUGUUUUUACAGCAGAUACCUAUAAUUCUCAGCAGACAGUAUCUUUCAUACAAAUCUUAAUCUUGUGACCCAUUCUAUACAUCUGUUGUUCGUCAUAUAUGGUUGAAAGGGGUGUAUCUUGGCUGUAAAAUACCUUUGUACAUUUGUCUCGGGGCUCUCAACGAAUCAUCUGGGGGUGAUUCGUCGACCAGCCAUCAUUUAUCAUAGAUCACUCAAUUUAUUAACUUUAUAUAUGUUUGUUGUAUUGCCCUGCUCCCUUAUUAAGUGAAUAAAGAUUUAAUUUAA